AUGGUUUUCCCAAAACUGUCAGUCUUCAUUUUCUUUGUGUCUCUCGUGACAAUUUCACUUGGCCAUCCGCAAUCUCGCUCUUCUUUUAACAAACGUUUCGACGCAAAAUUCAAUCACGUCCUGCUCAUUUCAAUUGAUGGCCUCCAUCAAAAGGAUGUAGACGUGUUUACAAAGGACAAUCCGGGUUGUACGCUUGCAACAAUUCUUAAAAAUGCCGUAUAUUUCACGAACGUACAGGAUUCCUUCCCAACUGAUUCUUUCCCAGGUCUUAUGGCUCAAGUAACUGGUGGUAAACCUGCGACCACCGGUGUUUGUAUGAUGAUUCUUGGGAUAGUACUUUUUAUACCGCCGGAUCCAAUUGUACUGGCACGCCUGUCGCUUGAUACAGACGUGACUAAACUUAACACAACCCUUAAUGAAACUGCAUUUCCAGAACAACUUAAAGAUGGUAAAUGUGUAAAAGUUCAUCCAUACGACUAUCUUCGUGUUAAUACUAUUUUUGAGGUCGCUAAGCAGCAUGGUCUUACAACUGCUUGGGUUGAUAAAGAACCAGCAUACACGAUUGUCAAUGGUCCAUCCGGGAAGGGUGUUGAUGAUUUUUGGGGACCAGAAAUUUCUAGUAUCAACAGUACUGAUGUUACACAGGUUAAACAAUAUGAUGGUAAUCAUACUCAAGCCAUACUCAAUUGGAUAAAUGGUAUAAGGACUGAUGGUACUCCUUUCAAGGUUCCUAAUAUUUUCGGUGGUAAUUUCCAGACUGUUAGUGUGGCCCAAAAGUCACCUGCUGGUGGUUAUAAGAAUGCCAAUGCUAAUCCGACUGAUGUUCUUGAGGGUGCUUUUAAAUAUCAUGGUCAAUCUCCUAUAGAUCCAAAGUUACUUCAGAGAAUUGAUCCAGACUUUUUGUCGAACCAAGUCGGAAGCGACAAAAUUAAUCAUUUAACAACCGAUGAUGUUGCACUUUUAUGGUUGAAAGAUCAUAGCGAUUCAAAAGCCGCAGCAGAAAGUCUUAUGAAUAACAAAACUCUCGCUAUUACAGAAGUAUUUGAAGGCGAUUCUCUCCAGUCAGAAUUUGGACGUGAUCCCGAUAUUGCUAUCAAAGUUAACCCUGGUGUUAUUUAUUCCCUUUCAACAGCAAAGAUUGCCGAACAUGGCGGCUUCAACGAAGAUUAUCACGUUCCAAUUAUAGUUUACAACCCCUGUAUUGACGGAAAAGUUAAUACUGACAAUGUUGAAACCCGCUCGAUCGCACCUUUUAUUCUUUCUGUCCUUGGAUUGGAUGGGAAUGAGUUGGAGGCAGUUGCUAAAGAGGAAACACCCACUCUCCCGGUUUUUUGA